AUGGCAAUAAUCACCGAACUGAUCAACAGUUCCUAUGUCGUACAGGGUAUGUGCAUCGCCCUAGUGGCGGUGCUCAUAACAAGUGUCUGGGCAGAUAUAGCAGAUGAGAUUCCCUAUAGACACAUUCCGUUGGUGGGAAAGACCGGGUGGGACCUUACCAACAAAAAGGCCCGGCUACUCUUCACUCGGUCAUGUCGUCAAUUAAUUGCUGAAGGCUUUGCAAAGGGAGUCAAUGUCUUUCAGAUCAUCGGAGCCACAAGCCCGGUUGUUAUAUUGCACCCCAAGUUCGUCGAUGAAAUCAAGAACAAUCCAAAUCUGAGUUUUAAAGACUCUACCUUUUUUAGCGAUCGCAUUUCUGGGUUUGAACCAUUUCAUAAUGGCACGGCUUCAAAAGUGACCGUUGAGGUCGCGCGGACUAGUUUGACCCAGGCGCUCGGGUCCAUCUCACUUCGGCUCUCAAAGGAGUCUGGUGCGACAUUAAAGAAAGGCUUGCCCGCCACCGAUGAAUGGAAGCCCUUCCACCUCGCCUACAAUAUCCCGCACAUGGUAGCCCGCAUCUCCUCCUUGAUAUUUGUUGGAGAGACCAUCUCCAACGAUGAUGAGUGGAUUAAUGUUUCCGUGAAUUAUGCCAUAGAUUCGUUUAUGGCUAUGCGUGAACUACGAGGAUGGCCAUCCGCCAUCCGCCCGAUCGUACACUGGUUCUUGCCCUCUACCCAAAAGCUACGCCAUCACUUGAAAAUAGCUCGCUCCAUCAUUGGCCGCGAGCUCGACAGGCGGGCGUUGAUUCGCGCGGGCAAGCUCCCUGCAGAGGAUCCACCCCGUGGACCUGACGCUAUGGACUGGUAUCGCGAGACCGCUGAAGCCCGGAAUAACUUUACCUUUGACCAGUCUAUUGCCCAGGUUGGAUUGGCGCUGGCGGCCAUUCAUACCACGUCAAACUUGCUAACUAACGUCAUAUAUGACCUCGCGGCGUACCCAGAGUACAUCCAGCCAUUGCGUGAUGAGAUUCGUGCGGUUGCUGCCGAGGAUGGAACUCUAAAGAAGACUAGUUUGCUUAAGCUGAAGUUGAUGGACAGUGUGAUGAAAGAAUCACAGCGUACUCACCCACUCUCAUUCAGCUCUAUGAGCCGCCUCGCCCUUGAGAAAACUGUGCUCUCCGAUGGAACUGUGAUCCCUAAGGGCGCCAACAUCUUUGUUUCUACAAAAACACUGGAGGAUGACAGUAUCUACCCUAAUGCUGCCACCUAUGAUGGUUACCGGUUUUACAACAAACGCCAGCAGCCCGGCAACGAACACAAGUAUCAGUUUGUCACGACAUCACCCGAGCACUUCGUGUUCGGCCAUGGCCUCCACGCCUGCCCUGGCCGAUUCUUCGCUGCCAAUGAAAUCAAGAUUCUGCUCCUUCAUUUGCUCCUGAAGUACGAUUGGAAACUGGAGAGCGGCGGUCGACCUCCGAACAUUGAAAAUGGGUUCGAGUCUAUCACCGACCCAAGGGUUCAGCUUCUGUUCCGGUCGCGGGAGUCUGAGGUUGACCUAGCUUUCCUAGGAGAGUAG